GCUCACCGUCGACCGCGAGACGCUGCAGAAGAAACUCGACAGUCUAGAAAGAGAUAACGCUAUGCUGAUGGGACAGUACAUAAAAAUGGCGGACGAAAUGCAAAACGAAAUCAUCGACUUACCAGAUACCGUGGAGGAACUGCAAGAGUACACGCUGCGACUCCGCGAGCAGCUGAUCUUCUGCCAGAUCGGGCGAGAGAAGGCGCACGAGGCCGAGAACGAGCUGAGGUCGCAGCUGCUGGACCACGCCACGUUGUUUCGACAGCAGGAGGCCGAGCUGGCCAGUCUGAGGACUCAACUCACUAGUGCCAAUGAGCAGCUGGAGCAGGUGGCGACGGAGCGCGAGCAGAUGCGCGAGCUGGCCGACAAGCUGCGCACCUCCACCGACCUCACCGAGCAGCUACUAGAGGAUAAGAAACGUCUGCAAGCGGAGAUGCUGGAGCUGCGCACGCGCGUGUCGGCGCUGCAGCAGGAGCUCGACAACAGCGAGAAGGUGCAGCAGGACUUCGUCAGGCUCUCGCAGUCACUGCAGGUCCAGCUGCAGCGGUUGCGCGAGGCGGAGUGCGAGGUCCGGUGGCAGCACGACGACGAUGUCAGCGAGUGUCCCGAGUGUCACGCCAGUCUGCCCACCAACAAGAAGAAGGUGCACUGCCGUCACUGCGGGCGCAUAUUCUGCGCGUCGUGCGUGUCGGGCACGGUGCCGGCCGGGCCGCGCCGCGUGCCCGCGCGCGUGUGCGCGCUGUGCCGCACGCUGCUGCAGCCGCACGCGCCGCCCUACUUCAGCACCGGCCCGCCCGACCACGCCUGAGCGCCGCGCCGGCCCACAACACAACCUUACACGUCCACCGCGGCUCACAGAAUUGUUACGUUGUUGUGGACGCAACGCGCAUGCGCAUCUAAGAUCAUCUUAUAGCGUCACAGCACAGCCACACGCCAGUGCGGGACAACACAAUCCAUGCGUGGUGGAUAAGUUCAUUGUUUGGCGCCGCAGUCGACGUCUUUGCUCUUGUAGCAGACAGAACUAGAAAAUAAUACGCCGACUAUCCUAGUGAUAUUUUACUUUAUCAAUAUGAUUCAUUUUACUUCGACAUUGAGGGAUAAUAUCCAAAUGAUGGACACAUCUAUUGCGAUAAUAUCAAUAAGUCCCCUUCAAGCAUCAAAUACCACCCGGAUUUCAGUGGGAACCCUGCACUAUAACAAAACAGUAUUCAUUAGAUUUCCUUGUAAGAACUACGUGCUAUUAUAGUCUUUGUUAAUGUUGUAGACUAUAAAAGUUCGAUACUAGUAAAUAAAAAUAGCCCCAUCUGUUGCAAUUAUCGAUAUUCAUUCUAAUCGAUUGCUGAAAAAAUAUAUCGGUAAUUUUAACACAACUUUAACUCUCUAUCGCCAAUAUGAAUUCAUGUAAAUUGAUCGCAAAAUAAAAAGAAUGUAUCUCAAAUACGUUUAUUGCUUGUCACGUAACAGUUUUGUUUUCUUAAGGCAACGCGCGAGCUGGUAGAAAAGAACUCUAGUGUUGAAAAAGAAAACUAUAUAGGACUAUCUCACUCACUCGCGUCGCGCACCCACAUGCUAGUGCGAGACACACUCCGUGUGUGCUGCACUGUACAGGUGGAUAAUUUAUUGUUUUGGCGCCACAGACAACGUGUUUAAUGAAUAUCGAUAUUUAACCAAUAAUAAAUACCAUGUUCAUAAGUCUUAUUUUCAAUUGCCGACUUAAACACAAUAGAAAUCAAAUUUCAUAAUGAAAUCGCAUAUUGAUAUCGUGCCCGUGUUUUGGUCUUUGGCUGCUAGUGUACUUUCCAAGUGAUUUAAAGAUUGGCCGAACCAUCUGUGAUAAUGCUUCAGGCGACGGUAGUGCUCGGUCGUGGACAUUUAUUUAUGAUUCCAUAGUGUUAGCGGUAAGGAUGUAAUAUAAAUAUAUUGUAAAUAAAAGAGUUCCAUAUGGA